CAGGAAGUCGCAAGCAGCGCGAGAAACGGAGCAACUUCCGGUUGUUUCGUUGCAGAGACGCUCGCGCCCGGCCAAGAAGCAGCGGUGUAGUUCGUGUAACGUCUGAAACAGUGAAAGGCCAGUUUACUUGGAGAAAGAGUGGACUUGGAAAAAGAUUGUUGUUUACAAAGUGAUAAAAAGGCGAGGGUAGUGGUCCAGGUUGAUCCGUGAUGCUGGCCGGUGGUUCUGAAAACCGUAAUCAAAUAGUGGCCCGGCGCUGGUGUAAAUAGCGCGUAGUGGCGAGUGCGCGCAUGUUGUGUGCACCCGCGGACAGAUGAGCGUGGGAUAGCUGUUCCUGGACUGGAUUAUAUUCUAGGACGUUCUUUGAGGAAGAUUUGUGAUUCCGAAGAGGCCUCUGUGGCCUUCCGUCGCGCGUUCUGCCCAGCAACGUUUCCAGGACGUGGAAGAGUAGCACUCGACCAACGCACGAUGGAGGGUGCCGACGUGAAUGGCGGGAACGUCGAAGUGGCGCGAGAAGAUCCUAACCUAGACAUCCUAGAUACGCCAGGAUUACAGGAAGAGGUUGUAAGCCAGAAAUCCGAUAGUGGUAAGAUGGAUGAGCAAGAAAUCAAUGGCGAUGUUAAGAUUGCUAUUAAGAGAGAGACUACCCCAAGCGCUAGAAGAAAGUUGCGCAAGUUCAAGGCCAACUCAACUAGUACCAUGGAAACUGACUCCAAACCUCAGACCAGAGGUUACAAAAGAAAGCUGUCUGAUCCGGAUGAAAAUAGUUCUGAGGAGUCCACAGAAUUUAAUGGCUUUGAUUCGCAGGGCAUAGAGCAUACAGAUACAGGCAGUCACGUUCUUAAAAAACUUAUUGCUGAAGCUGAGUCCGCAGAGUCUCAAAUAAAGCUUCGACGUCGUUCAGGCUCAAGAACGAUGUUCAGAACCAUCAACGGUAAGAUUCGAAAAGGUGCGCAUAUUAAACAUAUACUUAAUAACCAUCUACCCAUUAAAAAAUGUUUAGAGUUCGCCGACAUUCAUAAUAUUAAGAAAGAAAAGGAUUCCGACAAGUCUGAGACGGAUUCGAUAGGCGCUCCGAAUAGUCUCGAGUCUGAGUCGGAAGCGGUAAAAGGUGACGAAUCCUUGUUAAAAUCGACAAAUUCAACCGCGCACAGUAGUCCCUUGAUUUUAUCUCAAAGAUCAAAAGGCAGUCGAUUAUCUCGAGGUGCGAGUCCUGGUAGUGCGAUAAAACAUAAAGUCUCCGUAGACAUGUCCAAUCCGGCCUUUAAGGAGCCAUUCAAGUACGGCUGGAGGCGAGAACUAGUAUUCAGAGCGACCUCCGAGAACAGCGUCAAAAGAAUGGCGGACAUUUACUACUACACACCAAAGGGCAAGAAAGUCAGAAGUUUUCGAGAAGUCGCCGAAUAUCUGACAUCCAGCAACUUGACGAUAGACAACUUCACCUUCUUCAAGGAACCAAUCGGUAUGGACGAUCCGGAAAAGGAAAUAAUUCGAGAUGCCAAGAGACCAAAGGAUUCGAUGACACCUUUAGCCAGGAAGACGUUUGCCAGUAAGAGAUCGUUCCCAGCGAAAAAGCCGGUCGAAGAACCACCAGCAACGCCGACGCCACCGCGACCAGUAGGCAGACCCAGAGGUUCUGGCUCCGGUUUCAAAGUGAAGAUGCCGGGCAAGAGAGGACCGCAGAAAAAAGUGAAGACACCACCGGAAGAGAGCGAAAUGCUUCCACCACAGUGGAGUUCACCCGUGACACCAAGACGGAACCAGCAGCCUGUCGAAAAGACGCCACCUGCUAAGCCUAAAAGAGCACUGAAGGCGAAACUUCAGGAACCGUGCAGCAUAAGAUGUUCAACGAGCAUGGGCCUCAUACCCAGCUUGCAAUGUUGUGUCUGCCUGUGUUUGUAUCAUCCGGAGUGCGUCGGUGGAAAGGAUUACGUCGCCAGCGACGAUUACGUCUGCAAGAAUUGUCAACAGGACACCGAGGAGACGCAGCCGGCUCAGCAUCCUACGAUGACUCCGUCCCUCACACCUCCGCCAUUAAUUCCGAUAAGUAUGCUUGGAGCGCAAAAUGCAAAAACGAAACACGGAGUGAACAUGACGCCCCCGAAAUUACAAAGAAUUCCGAAAACCGACGGCGCGGACGCCGCGCAGAUGCAGACGCAGCAAAGAGCAGUCUCAAAGUCUCCGAAACCCGUGACAAUACCAAAAGUUUCGUCGACGCCGGAAAAGAAAGAAUCCACGUGGUACGCGCAGGCGCGAAACGAAUAUUUACACAGUCACGAUGGCUCCUUGCCGAAACCAGCUCAAAACAUUGCUCUGAUGGCUGGCAAGAAAUAUAUCGUGGUACCGAAAAACAAUGCAAUGGCCGUACAGCCGGCAAUCACUGUCAAGCCUGACAAAAUAGGAGACAAACCGCCUAUUUUACAUGACAGCCCGAUCACUGACGUUUCCAAUACCACCGAGAUGUCCUUGACCUCCAGGAUACCGACUGCUAGAUCCUCCGAGACUGAGACCAAAGUUCAAUUGGACAAGUCAAGUAGCAAUGAAAGUAUAAACAUGGCGGAGAGUCCGGUCAAUGAAACUCCCAGUGUAUCCGUAGCUGAAUUGGACGAGACUGUGAUGGAGGAGGAUGAGAAAAUGGAAACGGAAACGGAAGUUGCCAAAAUUUCAGAAAGCCUUCCGAUUUCCACUAAUGAAAUUAGCAAUGUAACUUCCAAUGAAACUGACAGCACCAUUAAACCUAUUUCGAGCGUGAAAGAUACUGAGUCAGAACCAAAGAAAAAUGAGGAGAACGAUAAAGAGUCUCAGGAGGAGACGUGCGAAUCUGCUAUUCCUAGUACCUUGGAAAGUCAAGAUAAUGUUAAUACAAGGGAGAGCGACUCCGUUAAGGUUGACGAUAGGGUCGCUACUGUACAGGCUGACAGCAAAAAGCGACAAGUAACGGCGGAGACGGAUCAGAGGCAACACUUCAUGGUGUCCGUGUGCGCGGGUUAUCACGCCCUCUCCCGCAUCUUCCAGUACCUCAAGGUGCAGGAGCUGCUGCGCGCAGCGCGUGUCUGCAAAAUGUGGCGAGAUCUAGCAGCACAUCCUGCUUUGUGGAAGACUGUGCGAAUGAAGAAUAGCCAGGUAACCGAUUGGGAUGGCCUGGCAGACUCGUUGAACAGACGUGGCACCCAGCACCUCGACCUGAGGAAGAUGCUCGUCGCUGGGGAAUCUGAUUACAUUUGGAAGAAAUUCGUGUCGGUGAUACCACGCGUUACCAGUCUCCUGAAGUUAGAAUUAUGUCGCUGUCCUGUGAUGGUCGUCGAGGAAGUCAUCAAGAGCUGUCCCCAACUUCAGGUGCUCAGCGCCAUGUCGAUAAAGUGCGACUCCCUCAACCUGGAAUCCGUUGGGAACCUCAAACGCUGUCAAGAGUUGCGACUCAAAGCUAUUAACGGGAUGUCUCUGAAAGAAGACCUGUCGCCGUUGCAGCAUCUGACUAGCCUAACGCACUUGAGUUUAACGUCCGUUAAGGAAUUAGGCAAGAAGAGGAUCGAGAUUCUGGAGUCCCUUACGAAUCUUGAGACCCUCGAGCUUGGCGAGUGCUCUGAUUUCCCUGAAAAAUUCGGUACUGCUAUUCUGACGAAGCUGCACAAGCUGGAGAGACUAAGAUUGGAAAAGGGUCAAGGUUCAUGUUGUACCUUUGAUAUCCUCGAAGGUAUAUCCAGACUGCCUACUUUGAUUCAGUUGGAACUGGUGAACUUCGACGUGAAGAAUGGAUUCGACAAGUGUCUUGCCAAUUGCAAGAACAUCAAAAGACUUUUGAUAAUACCAACUUAUAUAUCCCAGUCGGCUACGUCGAACAACAUGGUUCUUGGUGGAGUCACGGAACUGUCAAAUAAUUUAACACACUUUGUCUGGGGUGUCACCUUGGAAUUGCUUAGGGUCACUGAGCUUUUCGUUGAUCAGUGUAAUCAAAUGAACAAACAAAUUACUGGCGAUUCUAUACCUGUAUUAAAACCAGUACCCUGCUUGAAGUUAAUUGAAGACGUCGAGGAAGAGGAAACUUUAAAAUCUGAUGACAAACAACCAAACUUAACGAAUCCCCAGGUGGAUAUUCUGCCCUUGCCGCAAUUGCAGAAGCUUUUGUUAACAGCCUUGCCGAAAACGAGGGUCAAGAUCUUGAAGAUACCUUUCCAUGCCACGUGGAGGCAGAGCAUUUCAGACAGUACUACUCAGUAAAGAGUAUAAAAUCGUGAAGGAAAAUAAUGUAGAUGAUAUUUAAACGGAUGAGAAAAUAGACAAAGGAAUUCUAUGAACGCGAAGGUCUAGAUUCCUUUUGAAUUCGACUCUGUACCGUCAGCACAAUUUACUUCAGUGUUUUGUGAAAAUCGCGAUAAUCUUUAUCACGUGUUGCGGAAUCGUGAAAGAAAAAAAAGCACGACUUUGAGAAAAAGUGACAUGGGACCAGAAGUACGCAUUACUAUUCGCUCGUCAUAUUGUCCCUUGCCAUAGGAACAACCGAGAAUUUCAGCUCGACUGAUAUUCUUAAAAAUCGAUAUACCCUAAAUACGAUUUGCAUGUGUACAAUUUUCGAAAACGGAAAACCCCACUCACAAGAACAUCGGUUUCCAAAUCUCAUCGACAUUAAAUCCUCCCCUUUUCUCGCGUCACUUUGCGAUCUGCUCGCGCAGUGUAAAUUCAUGCUGCGAACGUUUUCAUGAAUACGUCAGUACGCCUUUACAAUAAUAAUUGCAAAGAACAAUUGCGAGGGCAUAGAGUCGCGCAAGAGAAAGAUCUACCCGAAGCGAUGAGUUUGUGAAGCUAUAAGAAAAUUAAAGUAAUUGCAUUAAAAUAAUUGCAACCAAACAAGAGAAAAAAAACAACGCACAUCUACAACCUACGGUGCGGACACCUGACGCCACAUAAGAAGUGCUGAGCAGGUUUUCAGUUUUUAUGAAUGAAUUGCAGCCUCAAAUCCUCGAUGGACGUCUUUCUCAUAAAACGCCAUAGACGUUGAAGAUUUUUGUGUCCCACCUUAGAAGAGAUCGAGCUGAUACCGAAUUUCUAUCGUUAAAGAAAAAGGGAGAUGAAACAGCAGAUACAAAAAAAAAUAAUGAAAAACACGUUAAUCAUGUGGAGUAUCUUUAAAAUAAGGCUCUAUCUAGGAUUCUAAGCUGUAUAAAAUAAUUCUACAUAUUAUUAAUAUCGUAAUUGUAUCUGUAUCUCUUAGUAUUUAAGUGGCGUAAAUGAUAAUGUCGCAAAGUUCACCAGGAAGAAGAUUGUCACACGACCAAGUGGAGUGUAUAAUAUUGCCAUGCUUUAUCGUUUUAGGCAUAAUCAAAUGUCGCUCCGUGGUCUGACGUGCAGUAUGUAGUGAUAGUGCGUUUUAAUGCUAAAGUAUAAUAUACAAGAUAAUCGAAAGAGUAGCUCGAUAGGGCAGAGAUAAUAAAAGAUAAGACAGAUAUUCCUCUGUCUUCCGGCGUCUUCGAGGCUCCUAAAGAGAAGAGAGGACGUGAAUGAGGAAAUUCGAGAAAUGGAGAGAGAGAGAGAGAGAGAGAGAGAGAGAAUGCUAUAUUUUAUACGUACCACGAUCACUCUCGAGGUCAAAACAGAAUUUGAAUUAAAAAGAAAAUGGACCCUGAGUAGAUUAUAUAGGUUAAAUAGCCGCUCUAGCAAGCGGCGGAAAUUCUACGGCGCUAUAGAGUUACUUUUAGUAUUAGGCUUUUUAGUCUUAAGAAGUAAAGCACAUCCGGUUACUAAUAAAUUGGUUGUAAGAUACUUGGCUUUGAAAAUUCUACUUGGUCGUUUCUUGUAAAGAUUAAUGGCUUAUUAUGGCGACUCUUCUUCCUGAGUUUUGCGACACUAUCAACUGACAUACGAUAUCACGCGUUUUACUUUAGCAUUUUUAGUUGAAACAAAAAUCACAAUACAUUUUUCUCGAUUAAAGAUUUAACGUUAGGGGGUCUCUAUGGAAUAUGUUCCAGCUUGUAUGGUUUAUCUUAUGAUGAAUAACAUUGAUUAUCUUAAUGUUUACUGUCAAACAACCUUUGAAUUUAUAAUGUGGAAUUAAAUUGUAUCAAAAAUGGAA